AUUUAUUAAAUUAUAUUAUAUUAAUUGGAAGAAAACAAUACAUAUCCUGAGCAGUCAUUACUCAUAUAGAACAUUGUGUUUAGUUUAAAGGCAUUCAUACCUUGACUUAAUAUACAAUUCACAAUGCAAAAUACUAAUCAAAUACCAGUAUCUAGAAAAUGUAAACCAGCCAAAACGUAUAAAAAAUCAUCUUUUGACGAUAUAUAUAAAGGAUUCCAGACCUUACUGAAAGGUGAAUUUUUUUGUGAUAUAAAAUUGAAAACGGACAAUCAAAAAAUAAUAACUGCACAUAAAGUGGUUUUAUCAGCAGCUAGUCCGUAUUUCCAUGCAAUUUUCACAAAUCGUGCAGAAAGAAAUCAUGAUCUUGUGGCUAUAAGAAAUGUAGAUUAUACCGCUUUACAGCUUUUAGUAAACUAUAUUUACUCGGGGCAAAUUGUGGUGACUAAAGAAAACGUCCAGAACUUGUUAACAGCUGUAGAUAUCUUGGAGGUACAAGAUGUUAAAGAGGCGUGUUGUGAUUUUUUGCAGUCACAACUAUGCCCCACAAAUUGUAUUGGUAUUAACGCUUUAGCUGAUUUACAUGGCUGUACGGAAUUGAGAAAUAUAUCAGAAUUAUAUAUUCUUCAACACUUUUCGUACAAAAUAUAAUUUAUUAUUAAGAUUCUAUAAGGACGUUUUAUUUAUUAUUGUAAUAUUUUGAUUCUUAGAGAAGUAAUUGGUGGUCGGGAAUUCCUAUCCUCAUCAUUCGUACAAGUAAUACAUUUGAUAUCCAGUGACAAACUUAUAGUUCCAUCUGAAGAAAAAGUUUUUGAAAGUGUAACUACCUGGGUAAGACAUAAUUUGGAGUCAAGACAAUGUUUUUUACCCCUAUUAAUGGAACAUGUACGUUUAGCAUUAACAUCGAAUGAUUACAUAAAAAAAAAAGUAGCUAAAGAUCCCCUUAUAAAGAUGUGUCUAAAAUGUAAACGUUACGUAUUUGAGGCAUUAAAAACACUCAACGGAGAAGAGCUUAUCCCACCAAGCAUACGUAACAGACCCAGGCACGGAGACAAAGU